GUUGCUGGGAAGAAGAAACAAUACCUCAACAGCAAAAAACACAAAAAAGAAGAGAAAUGGGCACAAAAGAGCGACACACCAGAGGCACUGCCAAGACCAUCAGCACAAGAUUCGACGAGGACCAGACGAAAACGACGACGACGAACCGUACAAUCCUCGUGGCACAAUACUCCGGUAAGACUUUCUAAUGUUGCUGCAGUUAAUUCACCAUUUCUUGAAGUAUGACGAUUGAUACCCUUCCAUUUGACAUUUAUUAAUACCCACAAAAUUUAUUUUGCACGAUUUUUCGCAAGUUUUGAGACUUCAGGGAUCAAGAAGACUUACAAAACUAGCAAAGCAUUAUUAUUAAGAAAUAUCUCUACAUUCUAUUUUUCUAGGAUCAUGUGAAGAGAGAUUUUUGGCCAUGUAGCUGUUCACAAAAGAUUAUGGACUACACCGACGGAAGGCAAAUCAGUCAGGAAUUUUUAGAACUAAGCCGGAAUUAGCAUUUUUGAAUAAAUUAAAAUUAAUUAACCAUUGUUUCAC